UGCUCCCGGGCAGCGCGGCUCGCUGAGGCCCCGCAACGCUCGCGCCCGCCGCGAGACCGGAACCGGCGCGCGGAGAGCAGCAGGCCCCGCCCACGCCGCCAUAAAGCCCCGCCUCCGGGAGGAUGCGGCAGCGCUGAGGGGGAGGCGGGAAUGGUGGUGUCUCGGCAUCUCAGCUCCUCAGCCGCUACCCCGCGCUGAGCCUCCUGCAUCUUGCUCCCGGUAGCCGGGUUGCCCUCGUCCGUUUGCGCCUCGGGGGGAGACAUUCCUCCCUCUCCUUCGCUCCCGGCCCGGCGGUUCGCUGAGGGGAGCGCCCGGCAGCUGCGCGGCCGCGGCCCGGCCGGUGCUGCCGCAGAACCGUCGCUCGGUCGGUGCGUGAGGGGCCGGCCGCGCGGGGCCGGUGCGGCCGGAGCACGGAGCGGGGCGGGGAGCCCCGGCUGCGGGGCUGAGGAGUUACCGCUGUGGCAGCCACGUAGCGACACACAAAAGCAGUUUCGCAGUCUUGAUAUGUUUGAUGAUUUUAUAAAGUCUCAACGUAUAGAAUUAGGUCGUUCACAGGAGGAAAAAAAAAAAUGAGUUAUCAUUAAAAGUGUGAGGUAUUUGUUGCAGCGACUAAGACGCCAUGCGCUUGAAGGUGUUAAAAAGCAAAGGUGUUGAAAUAUGGGCAGUUCAAAAUUUAGGUUUGCCUUAAUUUUUUGAGGUACUUGUGUCUUUAUUUCGGAAAGUUGCCGAUGAUGUGGUGUCCCUACCCGGCGGGGGGCGGCGCUGUUGGGGCAGGUGUCUCCGUGUCCCGCCAAAAGCGGUUAAGAAAUGCUUAUUUUCUAUGCUUAAGGGCGGUGAGGUAGCUUGGGAUGUUGUUGAGAGUAAGGCACCAAGCUGGAACUAAGGCAGUUUGAGCUCUGACUUCGAAAAGAUUUUCCUCCCUGUGAAGUGGUGACAAUACUUCCACCUCCGGGGUGAUCUGCUUAGACAAAUAGUGAUGCGGAGACUCUUUCUUAUGAUAUGGCUGAAUAACAGUGUUGCCAUUGCUUGAGACUGUGUUCAGUCCGUUUAUGUCAACUGUUCUGUUGUCAGUUUGGACAAUUAAUCUUAGGAAUAAAUUAUUCUCUUAGCUUUGAUACAAAAUCAAGACAAUUUCAAAACUCAGUGUUUGCAGAGAGUGAUUUAAACGUGAGCCUAAUACAUCCUUAAAGUGUAAAUUUAAAAGAAGAGGAAAACUACCUUUGGUUUCUUACGCUUCUUUGGCAACAUAAAUAUUUGGGUUCUGUCUCAGUGUAAUUUUGUUACGGUUUUUGGUGGUAGUUAUCAGGUUACUUGCAGGAUUUCCAUUUAGUUACCUUUGUCCUGUAUGUGCUUGAAAACUAAGGGCUGUGAUUGUGUCCUUGGUUUGCUCUUGUCUGGAAGGCAUGAGUAGAAAUUAUCAGAAUUGAUGUUUGACAAUAUACAGCAUUAGCAGCCCCUAUUUUCAGGGGGUCACUUAAUAUUCUUUUUUUUUUUUCAUGAUAGGGCACAGUGGAACUCACGUUUUUCCCCUGUUGAAACUCCCUAACCUGUGUGUGUUUUUUGAUAGUGGUUUGAAGUGAGAAUAGUUGGCAGAGUUCUCUUGAUAGUUCUGUUAGAUAUUGCUGGUUUUUUACCUUAGUCUUCAAAAUCUAAAUUGGCCCUGUAGAUAUCUAUAAUGUUUCUGUAAAAUAACUUUUUCUGUUCAAAUCUUGAUUGUACUUUGCACCCAUUGGCUCUUUUGUUGUGCUGUAUUUACUUCCCACAGCUUCUGUGUCCUAUUCUCUGUUUUUCUUUCUCCCUCUUGUAAACUGAGGCUUGCUCCUGUCUCAGAUUUACCUGUGAUAUCUCUAGGACAUAGUAUUAUAGCUAAAUUUUCCAUGAUUUUACUGUAUUGUUUCCCAUGAGGCAUAUACAUUCGUUAUACUAAUGUCUUUGUAUUUCUUGUUUCUUUUGUUGAGAUGCUUACCAAAGGACUCCAUAAAUGUUAAGCUGGUUAUGUGCUAUACUACACUGAUUAGAAAACAGUGUGAAUAUACUUGUAUUUUCUGACUGUAUCUGCAUGUACUUUCUGGGUUUACACUGAGGGGAGGGGAGAAAUUGGGGAGAAGUUAUUUUUUACAUAUAUUUUCCACAGCUAUUGCAACAGGUUUCUGAUCUGUGUCUUAUAGGUGCUGCCAUAAUAAUACUACAAUAAUAAGCCAUUAAUAGGGGCUCAUUUGGGUUUGAAAAGGGCUAAACAACACAGCAAUAAAACCAUCAGUAGUUAUUCUGCCUAAAAAAAGGUGCCUGUAUAGAUAGCAGUAGUUUCUUUUCCCUAGUGAUCACUGUACUGAGACUCCAUGUGAGGAAAUUAAUUAUAUUAAAUUCAGUCUGCUUAGGAAACUUUGUCUUGUGCAAAGCAUCUAUUUUUUUUUUUUUUUUUAAAAAAAAAGGUAAUUUUUACUUGAUUUAUUUAUGGAUAAAUUAGGCUUCAUGAAAUGCAGAUGGAAACCUCCAUCCUCUAAGACAGUGUAUUUCAUUAAGAUAGAUAAGAUCAUAAACCCAACAAAUCUGGCACAAGAUUUUCCUUUCUGUUUGUUUUCUUUAGGUUCAAAAAGUCUCUACAGAAGGUUCGUCCCAUCAUAAUAAAUACAAUUCAGUCAGAUAGUCAGCAUCUUUCAUCGGCUUGAGGGCCCUGAGUUUUGCAUCUUUCUCAGGUUCCCUUUACUCGUUCAUAAAACAGGGCUCAGUCCCCUGAAACAUUCUCCUAUAGGUUAGUGCUUCCAGACAAAUGUCGUGGCGUCUGAGCAUCCUCCUCUUGCUCAUGUGCUGGAAAAGCAACUUUUUCAUCCAUUGCAGUAGCAUCAAACUGGCAUUUUCACUUAUUUUAGGAUUUCUGUUUUCUAACCGUGUAUUUACAGUUCAUUUUUUAUUUAUAGUUUGCAAUAACUGUUAAAAGAGGAGGCAAGUUCUGACAGUUUGUGUAGCAUAUUACACUGGUCAUGUUCUGUAGCUCUGUAGCAUCUCUGUUUAAAGAACUCACAAGCAUUUAAAUUAUUUUAUCUCCACAGCACCUACUGUAGGUAAACAUAAUUAUUCUUCAUUUACCUGUGAGCAAACAGAAUUGUGAAUAACUUUCAAGUAAAUAAAACAAGCCUCAAAGACUUGCGGGGAAUUUCUGCAGCAUCUGGAGGGACAGAACUUUUCCCCUUGUAGUUGUUGCAAGUAGUGAUCAUUGCAGCAGAAGGGGGCCCUAAUGACUCAUGGAAAGUAGCAACAGAAUAAAUGUACAAGCAGCCCUUCUAGAUCAAAACUAUUCUUUUUGCUGACAGAGUGAAUCUUUAGGAAGAGCUCGUCUGUGAGGAAACAUUGGUGGGGGAGAGAAAUUGUUGGAAUACAGAGGGUGCAGAGGGCAUGAAAUCUUGCAGGUUCUUUCUCCCCAAUUAAAAGUUGUAGCAAAUCAACCUGAGCAGUGAAGGCAGCAGAUAUGCAGCUUCGUUGUUGAAACUCCGUGUGGAUCCUCUCGUUAACAGGUAAAGUGAUCUCUGUUCAUAGUAGCUUGACCUUCCUUUGAGGAGUAAGAGCUGCCAUACUUAAACCACAGUCACAUUCUCACUGCAUAAUUUACAGAGGCAAUUUAAGGUAGUAUGACCUGUCUGUUGGAGGUUAUUGAGCUGACACCUGUACUAGUAAACCAGAGCCCAGUCCCCUGGUGUAGCAGCAGUGGUUCAGAGCAGCGGCUGCACGGGAGGCACGCAGGGGAGCCGGCGGGAUUUGUCCCCCUCCUUGAGCUGCGGCUGUGGUAAUGUCCCUGCAGCUGGGGGUCAAUUCCAGCCUUAGGCGGUGUUAAGCUGUUGCAGCUGACAGCCAUCUUGCUAUGAAAUAUUAAAUCUGGUGUACAAAGUUGGCAGUAUAUUUUCUGCUCCAUACAUUAAACUUUUACAGCAGGUGAAGAGUUGCUACGUAAGGAUGUUCUCUAGUAUAACGAACACUGUAAUGGCAAGAUUAUUGUACAUAUACUCUUCCCCUUAAUAAACUUUGCAAUUGAUUGCAAGUAUGUGCUGCGUGUUGCUAAUAGCUGAAAAUUACUUGUUUUGACAAACAGUUUAGAGACAUUGAAAUACAGUAAAGUGUGAUGAAAGACCAGUACUGAUAGCAGUAAGGUCAGCUCUUGCUGUGCACAUAGAAGAGUAUUGAAUUGUUGCGGUAGAUAUUGCUUAACACCCAACUGGCAAACAAAACUAAUCUUUAAAUACAAACAGAUAGAAGAGGUGAAAAAGAGCCAGCUGGAAAAUUAUCUGUUAUUUGAUACACAGAGAUAGGAGUGAAAAAGCUUGUGCAUUAUACUGUCAUUAAAUUUUACCUCAACAAUCAGUAGUUGAAUCUUCUUUUAAAAAAUCUGUGCAUUUUACUUUUAUUUGCUAAUAAAAAUACCCUUCAGAGUAUGGAAGUAAAAAAGGAAGUUUAUUUUCUGGCUGGGUACUCAGUGGGUGCCAUUCCCUUAGUAGGCUGAGUCUUUCUUGUAGAGCAAGAACUGCUAACUCUUUUAAAGCAAUCAACUCUUUUAGCCAUACCAGUUUUCCUGCAGAAUUUCUCUACAUCAGAGAAAAACCAAAGUGUUUUCUAAUAUGCAAGAGAAAAGUGGAGGUGGCAGUGUGGAAAGCCAGGCCUAAAGGAAUAAACAGGAAUAUGUCUGUGGACCUCAGGAUUUCGGCCUCUGACCUACUUUGUAACCACAAAUUUGGUGUGUUUUCUUCUUUACAUUCUUACUUGUGGAGAAUCUUUUGGAAUGUAACAAGAAUCCAAUGCCACCAUACCUUGGGGAAAAGAAAAAAAACCCCACGACACUACCGGCUAGAAAAACAGGAUUGCACAUUCUUCACUCGGAAAGAAAUUCUUCGGUUGCAUGGCCGAUACCAUGAAAUGGCACCAAACGUUGUGCCCAUGGACUAUACAAAGGACCCAGAUGUUAAACUACCUAUGCAGCUUAUAAUAAACAUGCCUGAGCUAAAGGAGAAUCCCUUCAAGGAAAGGAUUGUGGAAUCUUUCUCGGAAGAUGGAGAGGGCAGCCUCAGCUUCAAUGAUUUUGUGGAUAUGUUCUCUGUGCUCAGUGAAAUGGCUCCCAGAGAGCUUAAAGCGAUCUAUGCCUUCAAGAUCUAUGAUUUUAACACAGAUAACUUCAUUUGUAAAGCAGACUUGGAGAAAACCCUCAAUAAGCUGACCCGAGAAGAGCUGACAGCAGAAGAAAUCACCCUAGUUUGUGAGAAAGUGAUAGAAGAAGCCGAUAUGGAUGGCGAUGGGAAACUAGGAUUUGCAGACUUUGAAAACAUGAUUUCCAAAGCACCGGACUUUCUCAGUACUUUCCACAUAAGAAUCUGAAGACGUUUCUGUGAGCCAGUGGUAUCAGAAAUGACUUGCCAGUCCAGCCUUUCUGAAUCUCAGGCACUUUGGGAGCUUUUGUCCUCUAAUUAUGGCUUCUUAGAACUCAGCAGAACGUACUGAAAUAAUUCUUGUCCACAGAGACAGACGCAUCAUGUGAUCUACAGGAUAUUUGGAUCAGUCCCAUUUUUAUCUUUGCUGCUGGCCAAGCAAUCUGGCAAAGGUGGUUGCUCGUUGGGUUGUGGGUUUUCUUUGUUUUUUCCCUGUUUUUAUUUUCUUUUUUCUUUUAUAAAACAUACAGAAUUAGAAUAUUAUUAAAGGUAUUUCCACAUAGUUUUUAUAUUUAUGGAUAUUUAAUACUGCUCUUAAAAACGCAAAAAAAAAAUGACAGAAAGAUUAGCUUUGACUUUUCCAAGAGUAUUUGAAAGCAAGCACGGGCCUUAAAUAAUGACAUGCCUCUAUCACUGUGUUGUAGAGCUGGGGAUCUUGCGUGGAAAUUCCCUUAGGUGACAGAACUGCGGUCAAGGCGGAGCUCCCCGUGUUGAAGACAACCACGGCCCAGGUUUGCCUUUCGGUCCCUGAAACGGCACUUGCUGGGUUUGGUGCUGACCUUCAACCAGUGUUUUAUGGGUUGUCAUGUCCUUAUGAAACUUGAAAUAUUUGCCUUUUGUAUAUGAUAACUGCAUACAAGAUUUGUUUCUUUCCAAGAGAAAUGUUAAAAUAGUGUCCUUAUUCUCAAAAGGGUCUUGCAUUUUACUCACUCUAUGGGCUGAUAAUGUUGAGUGGAAGAAUAUGAUCAUCUGUAACUCAUGAAGAAGUUAAAGAAGCACAGAAUUACUACUAUGGACACGAAAAGACAUUUUCUUUCUAAACCAGCUAUGCAAUCUUUCCCAUAAAAUGCAUGAAUGCAGCUCUAUAUUUCUCUUCCCUCUCCAGCUGGAAAUCAGCUCUUUUUUUUUAAAUUCCAGUAUUGUUCAGGUACUGGGGCCUGAAGACAAUCAGAUGUGUAUUGCUGUUCUAACAGUCAAUAGAAGGGCUCUGUCACUUACAUGGCUUCUGUAUCAAAGUCAUCACAAUUAAAACUUUUGACGCAU